AUGGGCGCAAUCUCCGCUUCGCUGCUGUCGCACCUUCGCUCGGGGGACCUUGUCAUCGCGCAGUACAACGUCUACGGCGGCACGCUCGAGUUCCUCGAGCACGACCUGCCGCGCUAUGGCGUCACGGUCCUCUUUGAGGACGUCAGCAACCUGGCGCGCGUGGAGGAGAUCCUGAUUGGCGCCGGAAGGUUGGAUUCCGCACAGACUAAAACGUCGUUGAAAGAGACGCCCAAAACGAGUCACAGUGCUGACGUCAGCUCGAGCAACGGGGACCACAACGGGGCAGAGAAGGCAGACGUCACUGCUGAUGAAGUGCUCUCAGAUAGGGGAUCAAGCAGAGAAAAGCCCUCGUUUUUCGACGGUGGAUUGAGCCAGAACGGGAAGCGGCCAGCUGUCAACAAGCCUUGCAAAGUGGUGAUCUUUGCAGAGACGGUGUCGAACCCGCUGCUAGUUGUCACGGACAUCCGCGCUCUUGGUGAGCUGUCCAAACGAGCGGGGGCGGUCUUGAUGGUGGACCAUACGUUUGGGACGCCCCUCCGAUCGCGCCCGCUAACAGAGGGGGCGGAUCUCGUCAUUCACAGCGCGACCAAGUUUCUAGGGGGCCACCACGACCUCUUGGCGGGCGCGGUCGUCGGCUCGGUGGAGCUCAUCCGUCCGAUCCGGGACUUCGUGCAACGUGUCGGUCUUUGGGCCGCUCCUUUCGACGCGUGGAUGGCCGUAAGAGGCAUCCGGACUCUCCAGGUGCGUAUGGAAAGGGCAUGGGCGAACGCUGCCGCGCUCGGCCGCCGGUUGGAGAAGGAUCCACGUGUCACCGACGUCACGUGGCACGAGAAAGUCGCCCUGGUGACGUUUGUGGUCAUGGGCGGAAUUGACGCGGCCGAGGCGGCGACGGCUGCUCUCAAGCUGAUCAUAGUCGCGACAUCACGGGCUGAAGGGAGCCUCGGCUCGGGUGACGUCGGCGGGAAGCUGGAUGAUGUCAGCAUGGGGUUACCAUUCCGGCGGCAGACCUGCAGAGCGGCCUACUACGUGACGCACCCGCCUCUUCUGCUGAGACCUGGCAGUCUGGAAAGCCGAGAAGAAGAGUAA